AUUAAUUGCUCUGCUUAGAAUCUAAAAUCGAAAUCCAUUACAGGCAUACUGCAGCAUAAUAGAUGUAUUACGCGGAUUGUACACGUGCGUACUUAUAAUUAUUAUGGCGUAUUGUUGAAGUGUUUUUGAAAUGCAUACAAUGUGUGAUCACAAAAUGGUUAACUAUACGUAAUAAGCUCUUAUGUAAGCUAUAUAAACAAUUAUAACGAAGGCCUAUGAACCCAUUAUGUAACGAUAAUUAUGGUAGCAGGAUAACUCAAUCCUGUCAGACUUUCGUGCGCAACUAUUGCCUUGAAAAAGAUAUUAGAUUACUUGGACGGUUUUGCUAUAAGCUUUACCCCUGCUGUAGGUUUUCGCCAUAUAUGCGACUACAUUACAUAUUUAACUGCUAAAUCGAGCAAACCUUUAUGAGUUCUAUUAAUCAGUAGACAGCACGUCGUUUAGUUCACAUACUGUUCUUUAUAAAAAAAAUAAAUCAAAAGUCCACGGCGAAUAUUGUAUAUUUGUAUAGGUACAGAAUAGUUUAGAAAAUUACAUAGGUAUACGUCGAUUACGUCGUCUAUACCUGCCAAUCGUUUUUCAUAGAAGACAGAAGUGAGCGCUUAUUUAUCGAAAAAUGAGUUGUAUGAACGGUAAAGAUAGAGUCAAUGAUCAACAAAAUAACAGAAGGUGUAAACCGAAUGUUACAGCGGCCAACGGUUAUGCAGAUUAUCUACAACUUGACAAACUUUUAGAUUCUCAGACAAUGUUAAGUAAGCAAAACGGUAGGGUUUCGUACGACGAGCAUCUCUUCAUAGUUACUCAUCAAGCUUACGAGUUGUGGUUCAAGCAGAUUUUAUUCGAAAUGGAUAUUGUUUGUAAAUUAUUAUCUGCUAACCUUUGGAAUAACGAGCAGGAAAUGUUCAACAUCUUAAAGCGUUUAGGUAGGAUUUCAUCUAUUAUCAAGUUACUACUAGAACAUUUCGGAGUUUUGGAAACCAUGACUCCUUACGAUUUUGCGGAAUUUCGUGAUUAUCUAAAACCAGCAUCAGGGUUCCAAAGCCUCCAAUUCCGUAUGAUUGAAAAUAAAUUAGGAUUAAAAAAGUCUGAUUUAUCUUGCCUGGAGAAACGCCGUAAGAUUAUGGACUCUGUGUUUAAAUGUGACCAGCACAAACGCUUAGUCGAACAGGGGAAUCGAACGUUUUCUCAUAUGGCGUUAAAGGGCGCCAUAAUAGUAUAUGCAUAUAGGCAUGAGAAAGGGUAUGCAUUGGCCAACAGAAUACUAGAAUCAUUGGUGGACAUCGACACACUUUUAUCAAAGUGGAGAUACAGUCAUUUCGUUAUGGUGCACAAGAUGAUUGGAUCGUAUAGUUCCGGCACCGGUGGUACUACUGGUUCAGAAUAUCUAAGAUCUACAUUAUGUGAUUCAUACCGAAUAUUCAUUGACUUGGUCAAUCUACCAUCACUAAUAAUACCUGCAAUAUACGUUCCAUCAUUAAUAAAAUCACAGAGUUAAUAGUAUUUUUGGAUUAAAAAUAUAUUGUUUAUUAAUUUGUGAAUUAUAAUAAUUGUAUUUUGGAUUUGAAAAAUUUUAUAUAAAAUUAGCUAGAUUUUUUUAGUCACUGUAAUACCUAGCUAAAUUGUUUGUUAAUCAUUUAAAAAUUAAAUUAUAAGAUACCUAAUAUUGUUUAAAAAUAUAAUUAAUUGAA